UUUGCGCGCCGCAGCCCGGGAGAGUCAGAGAAAGGCCAGGGGCGCCGGGAUCAGGCGUGUGGGACUCCACAGCGGAGAGCCGGAGGCAGCGCCUUCCCCGCACCGGGACCUUUGCGACACACCAGACCCUAGCCACUGCCCGGUCCGAGCGCCCAGGAUGACCACCACCCUCGUGUCCGCCACCAUCUUCGACUUGAGCGAAGUUUUAUGCAAGGGUAACAAGAUGCUCAACUACAGUACUCCCAGUGCCGGGGGCUGCCUGCUGGACAGGAAGGCGGUGGGCACCCCUGCUGGUGGGGGCUUCCCUCGGAGGCACUCAGUCACUCUGCCCAGCUCCAAGUUCCACCAGAACCAGCUCCUCAGCAGCCUGAAGGGUGAGCCUGCUCCAGCCCUGAGCUCGCGGGACAGCCGCUUCCGCGACCGCUCAUUCUCAGAGGGGGGUGAGCGACUGCUGCCCACCCAGAAGCAGCCGGGGAGUGGCCAGGUCAACUCCAGCCGCUACAAGACGGAGCUGUGUCGCCCGUUCGAGGAAAAUGGAGCUUGUAAGUACGGGGACAAGUGCCAGUUCGCACACGGUAUCCACGAGCUCCGCAGCCUGACCCGUCACCCCAAGUACAAGACGGAGCUGUGCCGCACCUUCCACACCAUCGGCUUUUGCCCCUACGGGCCGCGCUGCCACUUCAUCCACAACGCCGAGGAGCGCCGAGCCCUGGCUGGGGCCCGGGACCUCUCCGCUGACCGUCCCCGCCUCCAGCAUAGCUUUAGCUUUGCUGGGUUUCCCAGUGCCGCUGCCACCGCCGCUGCCACAGGGCUGCUGGACAGCCCCACGUCCAUCACCCCACCCCCCAUCCUGAGUGCUGAUGACCUCCUGGGCUCACCCACCCUGCCCGAUGGCACCAAUAACCCCUUCGCCUUCUCCAGCCAGGAGCUGGCGAACCUUUUUGCCCCUAGUAUGGGGCUGCCCGGGGGUGGUUCCCCAACUGCCUUCCUCUUCCGGCCCAUGUCCGAGUCCCCUCACAUGUUUGACUCACCCCCCAGCCCUCAGGAUUCUCUCUCGGACCAGGAGGGCUACCUGAGCAGCUCCGGCAGCAGCCACAGUGGCUCAGACUCCCCCACUUUGGACAACUCAAGACGCCUGCCCAUUUUCAGCAGACUUUCCAUCUCAGAUGACUAAACCAGAGUAGGGAGGGACCCCCUGCCUACUCCAUCCCCACCCACACCCCGGCACCCUUACCCCUCCCCAUCUGAUUCCUGACAAACCUUACGUUAACAAGAUUAAGCUCAACCCCUUUCCCUUGAACCUUGGAAUACCCCCUUCCUCCCCCACCUUGUUACCCCACCUAACAUAAAGACAAGUCAAUUUGUCAGUAGCUUCCUCUGGCUUGAAACCCCUCCCCUCAACUUUAUAGCCCACUUACCAUGCAUAACAGACAAGUCCCAUAUUUGUCAGCAGAUGCCUUUUUCUGGCUUAAGCCUUAAGUGCCAAAUCACAAAAGAAAAAGCAGUAACAGUUUACAGAAGCAACUUAGUGCCUUGUAAUCUAACUUUGUCACUGUGACUACAUUACCUCUUCAACGCCAGAGGGCACCCGUGGGCCUCCCGAGCCUCUGCCCAUGGGGAGGGGCCGGAGACCCAGAACCAGCAGCUCCCUCCACUGGCGACACGACUGCACCUUCCCUCAUUUCAGUCUCCCACACGCUUCUUCCUCGCCCCUCUUCCCAGUGCCUGCCCCCACCCCGUUGGGAGAGUUGUUGCCAGACUUGGGUUUUUGGGGAAACCUGUCUUGACAUUCAAAACUUUUUCCUUCCCGACCUGAACCCCCUGUUGACAAAUCUUGCCCGAGUUUGUGUAGGUCUGCAGGAAGGAAGGCUGAAAAAGCGGACGAAGAUUGUGACAUAAGUGGGACUUUGUGAUUUAUUUUUUUCUUUUUUAAGUGGGGAGGAAGGGGAAGCUAGAUGGACUAUGAGAGACUUGAUUUUGGUGCUAAAGUUCCCCAGUUUAUAUGUGACAUCUUUAAAAAAAAGAAAACAAAAAUGAGAGAAAAGCUAAACAUGUAAGGGGUGAGCAGUUAAUGGUAUUCAUUCCACAUACAAUAUCUGUGUAAAAGGAUUUCCUGUAGAAGUAGCUUUAAUGGUUUUUGCUCUAGAAUACCGUAGGUCUAUCCUUAGAGCACUCACGCCAUGCUUUUUUCCCUGGGUUUUAAACUUCAUAUAACUUUCAGAAAUUGGAGAGCAAAAAUUUUGCUUGUCACUGCACAUCAAUAUAAAAAAGCUUAUUUAACUUAUCAAAACGUAUUUAUUGCCAAACUUUGCUUUUUUUUUUUUUUUUGUUAAUUUUGUUCAUAUUUAUCGGGAUGACAAAUCCAUAGAAUAUAUUCUUUUAUGUUAAAUUAUGAUCUUCAUAUUAAUCUUAAAAUUUUGUGACGUGUCUUUUUCCUUUUUUUCCACAGUUUUAAUAUAUUAUUCUUCAACGACAUUUUUUGUAACUUUACACUUUUUUUUGGUUAUUUUAUUUUAAAAAAAUGAAAAAUUAAUUUAAAAAAAUGCAAAAAACUGUUGGAUUAUUUAUUUUAGAAAUUCCCCCCUUUGUGUUGGACUGCAAAUUGAGUUUCUUUCUCUUUAGGCCUUUCACAACUAGGACUGAGAAUGUAUGUAAUAGCUCUGUGACAGUGGAGAAGGAAAACAACUUUUUAUGUAUAGCUUGUAAAAGGGAAAAAAAAAAAAAAAAGAAACCCUUUGACUUCCACGUGCCCAUCUCAAAAA